AUGGGGGCAGUUUGUUCAGCAGGAACUGUAAAGAAAAGUAGGAAACCAACCGAUUCGGAGCAGGAGCAAAGCUGCGGUUUUUCUGGGAAGCUGAGAUCCAUUGGGAGUUUUGGGAGGCAUAAGAAGAGUGAUGAUCCUUAUACGUAUACUGAUGCAAUCGAUGUUUUUGGGAAGGAGAAUUUGUACGAUUCCGGCGAGCUGCACCUCUCGAUUUCGCGGGAGUUGAAGGCGUCAACGCCGAUGAGAGCACCUGCUAACAAGGCCCCUCAAUCGACGUCAUUUCUUGGCAAAGCGGGCAUAGUUGGUCUAGAGAAAGCUGUUGAGGUUUUAGAUACUUUGGGUAGCAGCAUGACGAAUUUGAACUCCGGUGGAUUUACAACUGGCGUGACCUCAAGAGGACAUAGAAUAACCAUACUAGCAUUCGAGGUUGCUAAUACCAUAGCCAAAGGCUCAAACUUAUUGCAGUCUCUAUCCGAAGAGAAUAUUCAGUUUCUGAAAAAGGAAGUUUUGAAUUCAGAAGGUGUUCGGAAGCUGGUUUCUACGGAUAUGGAUGAGCUCCUCAGUAUUGCUGCUGCUGACAAAAGAGAAGAAUUUGAUGUCUUCUCUCGUGAGGUUAUCAGAUUCGGGAACUUGUGUAAAGACCCUCAAUGGCACAAUCUACAUAGAUAUUUUGUCAAGCUUGACUCAGAGCCUGAUGUUAAUAAACAACUAAGGACUGAGGCAGAAAUGACAAUGCAAGAGCUAACAAGUCUAGCCCAGUAUACCUCUGAACUGUACCAUGAGUUCCAUGCUUUGGACAGAUUUGAGCAAGACUAUCAACGGAAGCUAGACGAAGUGGAUUCAUUGCACCUUCCUCGCAAAGGAGAGACUCUUGCAAUGCUACAAUGUGAACUAAAACAUCAACGCAAACUCGUGAGGAGCUUGAAAAAGAAAUCUCUUUGGUCUAAAAGUCUCGAACAGGUUGUGGAGAAGCUUGUCGACAUUGUUACAUUCAUUCAUCAGGAAAUUCCUGAAGUAUUUGGAGACAAUGGAUUGUCUCAAUCUGCAAAGGUUUCUACUAACAGAGCAGAAAGAUUAGGUGAUGCUGGUCUCGCCUUACAUUACGCUAACAUAAUUAAUCAAAUAGAUAACAUCGCUUCACGCCCGACUUCACUUCCUCCAAACAUGAGAGAUACAUUGUACAAUGGUUUGCCGCCAGCUGUCAAGACUUCUUUACGCUCCCGAUUACAGACUGACACCAAGGAAGAGCUCACGGUACCUCAAAUCAAAGCCGAAAUGGAAAAAACUCUCCAGUGGCUCGUCCCAAUAGCUACAGACACCACCAAGGCACAUCAAGGAUUCGGAUGGGUCGGCGAAUGGGCCAACACAGGCAACGAAUUCGGCAAGAAAACGAGCACACCACCCAACAAUAUCAUCCGCCUGCAGACCCUUUACCAUGCGGACAGGCCCAAGGUAGAGGCCCACAUUCUUGAGCUCGUCACAUGGCUCCAUCGCCUAGUCAGCCUCGUAAGGUACCGAGACAACGGGCUACCCAAGCCUCUCCAUACACGCUCCCCGACUCAAAAGGGGUUAUUAACCGGCAUUUGGGCCAAGGCCCAAAAUAGCUCCCGAGCCGCCCACAUCUCGUCCGAGGAUAGGAAUCUAUUGGAGGACGUGAUGAAAAGGAGGAAGCUUUUGCCGGGCCUUAGCAAAAGCCAGGAAUUCGGGCCUGCUAAGAAUAGUAAUAGAAAGAGUAAGAUUUGGGCUUUGAGUAAGAGCACCGGGAGCUCGCCAAGAAGAGGUACGAAGCAUCAGAAGGCUGACGUGUUGGAUAUCUUGGACGGUUUGGAUUCGUCGUUUUCUGUUCCGACUAUGUAA